ACCCGAAAGUUUUACACCACCCGGAAUAAAAAAACCUCCACACAACUUCUAACCAAAGCUCACUAAACACCUCUCUCUGAACAGCCCCAAAACAACAAUGGCGGCGAACAGACGCUGUAUCCAAGCUCUCUCUCUAACCCGUCACUACACAUCCUCUGUCUCUCCAAACCCAUCUCUCCAAUCCCUCAAAACCCUACCCCACCUCCAGAAAACCCUAACCCCCAAUCCCCUUUCUCCCCUAUUCCUCACCCACAAAUUUCUCCCCAUUUCCACCAAUCUGAAUCCCAUUUGCUACUCCCAAUUCUUCCACACUCGCCAUUUCUCUUCUGAUCAACAUGACGACACUGAUAACGACGAAAACGACGAUGAAGACGACGAUGAAGAUGAAGAUGAAGAUGAUGAUGCAGAGGAAGAUGAAGAGGAUAUUGAUGAUGAGAAUGUUUCGGCAUCGAAGGGUCGUGUAAAUAAGUCGUAUACGCCGGAGGAGAGAGAACAAGAGGCGGCAGAAAUUGGGUACAAAGUGAUUGGACCGAUUGAUCGUUCGACUCGGCCUUUCAAACCCUAUGUUCCUGUUUUCGCUGUUGUUCAGAUCGGUUCCCAUCAGUUUAAGGUUAGCAAUUGGGAUUGCAUUUACACGGAAAGGUUGAAAUUCUGUGAAGUGAAUGAGAAGAUAAUUUUAAACAGGGUUCUCAUGCUGGGUUCACAGACACAGACUAUUAUUGGUCGGCCCAUAUUGCCUGAUGCAGAGGUCCAUGCAGUUGUUGAGGAGCAUGCAUUAGAUGCAAAAGUAAUUAUAUUCAAGAAAAAGAGGAGAAAGAACUAUCGCCGAACCAGAGGCCAUCGACAGGAACUGACUAAGCUGAGGAUAGUUGAUAUUCAAGGAAUUGAAAAGCCAGAAAUGACAAAAGCUGUGAAGACAGAAAAGGCAGCUGCUGUUAAGAAGCCGGCAAAGGUUCCAGUUGCUGCUUAGGAUGGGAUUUUACCCAUUGGGAAUAGUGUCUGUAUAAGGUCAAAAACUCUGUGUUUUGACCCAUGCAAAUGGCAUGAGCAUAUUCACUUUUGAUAUAUUAGGAUCAAGUAUUGUCCUGGUUAAAGAUGAAGCUUUAGCUGUAGCAUUCAUUUAUGUAUUAGCAAAUGAAAGAAAGGACCUUAUCUUUGAUAAAAUGAGGAUUUUUAAACAGAAAAAUAUGUAAGCUUAAUCAUGGGUUGCUUAAUGCUGUA